AUGGAACAAAAGCAAAGCGAGGUAUACGAUGACUCGUCCAAGCCCUCCAGCGCCGUCCUAGAUUAUCAAGUCUCGUCCUUUGCGCCCGAAAUGAAUUCGGAUCAUGCUCAAGCCGAGGCUCCGAUGCCACGCAAGCAUUUCAACACGUUUGCGCUCAUCGGUCUUUCGUUUGCCAUCCUCAAUUCGUGGACCGCUGCAAGUGCUUCCAUCAAUCUUGCACUAGGUGCAGGUGGUCCCGUGGGGGUGGUGUACGGCCUUCUCGUGGGCACCGUCUUUGCCACUACCAUCGCCGUCUCCCUCGCUGAACUCUGCCAUGUGUUCCCUUCGAUCGGCGGCCAGUAUCACUGGGCUUAUGCCAUGGCUCCCAAGCAAUACCGUGCUCCCAUCGCCUAUCUGGCAGGUUGGGUCGGCACCACCGGCUGGAUCGCGCUCGCCUCGAGUGCACCUCUCUACGCGGGCUCCACCACCAUGGGCAUCAUCAGCAUCUACAAGCCCGACUUCAUCCCUGACCCCUGGAAGCUGUUUUGCGUCUACAUGGGUCUCACCAUCUACUGCGGUAUCAUCAACAUAUGGGGCGUUUGCAUCCUCAACAAGAUGAACCAGGCUGCUCUCCUCUGGUCUAUCGUUGGCGCCGUCACGGUCUUCAUCGUCUGCCUCACGGUUCCCUCCACUCAGGGUCAUCGCUCCAGCGCUAGCUUCAUCUUCACCGACUUUGUCAACCUCACUGGAUGGCCGGACGGUAUCGCAUGGAUGCUGGGACUGAUAACGGCCCAAUAUUCGUUAGUUGGCAGUGAUGGAGCUUCUCAUAUCAUCGACGAGAUCGAUCGUCCCCACAUCAAUGCUCCCAAGGCCAUGGUGCUGGCCUGUCUCAUUGGUGGUACUUCAGCGUUCUUGGUUCUCAUUGCUGUUCUCGCGGGCAUCAGCGACACGGAAAGCGUCAUCAGCGCAGGAGCAGCAGGCAUCGUCGAAGCCCUCUACCAGGCCACACUGAACCGAGCUGCUACGCUCUGCUUGACCCUGAUCAUGUUUGGUACCAUCCUCUUUGCCGGCCCUGCUCUGAUGAUCACCUCGAGCAGAAUGGUGCAGGCCUACGCCGCCGAUGGAUGCUUGCCUUUUCACAAGAAGCUCGCCUACGUCUCACCCAAGUAUCAGGUGCCCGUCUAUGCGGUGCUCUUCUGCUGCUUCUGGUAUGUCGUCUUUGGUGUCAUUCUGUUUGGCUCGGUGAUUGCCGUCUCGUCGAUCGUCAGUGCUUCGGUGGUGAUGCUGCAAUUGUCGUACGUGGUUCCGAUUGCUGGAAUGCUGUUCGGUGGUAGGAAACGCAUCUUCAAGCGCACCAAUGCAGAUGGCGACAAGGCCGACGAGGACGACGAUGAGAUCCCCAUCCCGUCCGACAUCAAGUACACGCUGGGCCCUGUGGUGGGACCCAUCAUCAACACGAUCGCACUCUGCUACAUUGUGCUCACCACGGUGCUCUUCCUCUUUCCGUCCUACAUUCCCGUCACCUCGGGUACUUACAUGAACUACUCGGUGGUCGUGGUGAGUUCGACGGUGAUGCUUGCCAUUGUCAAUUGGUUCGCUUUUGCACGGAGAGGGUAUACGGGCCCAAAGGACUUCAAGCAGAUCCUCGAGAGGGCCCAUGUGAACCGAGCCGAGUAG